AGGCGUGACUUAUGAAUAUUAAUAAUGAUGUCACAGUUGUCAUAGAAGCGUAGUAAUUAUUAAUGAGGCUGCGCGGCGAUUGGCGGGUAAGGUAAUGAAUUAUUAAGCAGACUCGCGGCUUCUGUAUAAUUUGAGACAGGCUGGGCGGGGCCUAUGCAAAUGUGGCGGGAGUCGGAGACGGGGGCUGCCAAGAUGGCGACCGAGCGCAGUCGCUCCCCGAUGGGGGGCUCGCCGGUGCCGGCCUCGAUGUUUGCCCCAGAGCCCGCGCCGCACAGUGGGACAGCGGCGGCUUCGUCCCGGCCUCACCGCGAUAUUCCGGACUCGGACUGCAGCGAGGACGGCGAGGUGCUCAACGGGGAGCCGGAGCUCGAUCUCACCAGUAAGCUAGUAAUGGUGAGUCCAACAUCGGAACAGUAUGAUAGCUUGCUCCGGCAGAUGUGGGAGAGAAUGGAUGAAGGAUGUGGAGAGACAAUCUAUGUCAUUGGUCAAGGGUCAGAUGGGACUGAAUAUGGGCUCAGUGAUGCAGACAUGGAAGCUUCCUAUGCCACAGUGAAGAGCAUGGCAGAACAAAUAGAUGCAGAUGUGAUCCUCUUACGAGAGCACCAGGAAGCAGGAGGAAAAGUACGUGACUACUUAGUUCGGAAGCGUGUGGGCGACAAUGACUUCCUGGAAGUCAGGGUAGCAGUGGUCGGCAAUGUAGAUGCUGGGAAGAGUACCCUGCUGGGUGUCCUCACCCACGGCGAGCUGGACAAUGGGCGUGGUUUUGCCCGGCAAAAACUCUUCCGCCACAAGCAUGAGAUUGAGUCGGGCCGGACCAGCAGUGUGGGCAAUGACAUUUUGGGCUUUGACAGUGAAGGCAAUGUAGUAAACAAGCCUGACAGCCACGGUGGAAGUCUGGAAUGGACUAAGAUUUGUGAGAAAUCAACAAAAGUUAUAACUUUCAUUGAUCUUGCUGGGCAUGAGAAGUACCUGAAGACUACAGUCUUUGGCAUGACGGGGCAUCUACCUGAUUUCUGCAUGCUAAUGGUUGGCAGCAAUGCUGGAAUUGUGGGGAUGACCAAGGAGCACCUGGGUCUGGCAUUAGCACUCAACGUUCCAGUCUUUGUAGUGGUGACUAAGAUUGACAUGUGUCCUGCCAAUAUUCUUCAAGAAACCCUGAAGCUGUUGCAGCGACUUCUGAAGUCCCCAGGAUGCAGGAAAAUCCCCGUCCUGGUCCAGAGCAAGGAUGAUGUCAUUGUUACCGCCUCCAACUUCAGCUCUGAAAGGAUGUGCCCAAUAUUCCAGAUUUCGAAUGUCACUGGUGAGAACCUGGAUUUGCUUAAGAUGUUUCUCAAUCUUCUGUCUCCACGGACCAGUUACAGGGAAGAAGAGCCUGCGGAAUUCCAGAUAGAUGACACCUACUCUGUUCCAGGAGUUGGAACCGUGGUGUCCGGGACAACACUUAGAGGGCUGAUCAAGCUAAAUGACACCUUGCUUCUAGGACCAGAUCCCCUGGGUAACUUCUUGCCCAUUGCCGUAAAGUCCAUUCACCGCAAGCGCAUGCCAGUCAAAGAGGUGCGGGGAGGGCAGACAGCCUCCUUUGCUCUGAAGAAGAUCAAGCGCUCCUCCAUUCGAAAAGGCAUGGUGAUGGUGUCUCCUCGGUUAAAUCCCCAAGCAUCUUGGGAAUUUGAAGCUGAAAUCCUGGUAUUGCAUCAUCCUACCACCAUCAGUCCACGUUAUCAGGCGAUGGUGCACUGUGGCAGCAUCCGCCAGACAGCUACUAUCCUCAGCAUGGACAAAGACUGCCUGCGCACAGGAGACAAGGCCACCGUUCACUUCCGCUUCAUCAAGACCCCAGAGUAUUUGCACAUAGACCAGCGGCUUGUCUUCCGCGAGGGCCGUACCAAAGCUGUGGGCACCAUCACAAAGUUACUCCAGACCACCAAUAACUCUCCAAUGAACUCCAAGCCCCAGCAGAUCAAGAUGCAGUCAACAAAAAAGGGGCCCCUGAUAAAGCGAGAGGAUGGGGGGGCCCAGGCUGGCCAGGCAGCGGCGAGCCCUACUGUGGCAGAUGAGGCGGUUUCCUUGGGGGCAGCACCCUCAGCACCGUCUGGCGCCCAGCAACCACAGGCCAAGGCUGGAGGAGGAGGCCGGCGACGUGGAGGCCAGCGCCAUAAAGUGAAGUCUCAAGGAGCUGUUGUGACUCCUGCUGGCGGCUGUUGAACAUUGUCCUACUCACUGAGGGAUUCUUGCACCCUCUCCCCCUUUCUUCAAUCCCCCCAUUCUCUGCCAAGCAGCAUAACCAAAAUCCAUCUCAGCUGAUCUGUUGCUGCAGUGGAGCUUUCUUCCCUUCCCGGAGGGGAGUGAUGGGGGCCAGGUGUGUGUGGGUGUGUGUGUCAGCAGCUGAAGCUAACAAAGGUGACAAAGCACAUGUGGGACUGACCGACUGCCGCCUUCUCCCUCUGCCCCAAAACAUUUUGUACAUUGUGAGCUCUUAGUCCAUUAUUUUUAUUAGUUUUUAUUAUGGUGGACACUUGUGUGUGUGUGCAUGAAGAAUCAGGAGAAAUCCAGGUAUACAAAAUAAGGUACCUGUCUACUUUCUCCUGCCCCUGCUCAUUUUUUUUAAAAAAAGAAACUAAUUCACCUUUGGUCCCGCAGUCCAGAGCUUCUAAAAGCAUUAAGCCCUUUAAGAGCACAGAUUCUCUAAGGGGCAGCGAUCCAUGCUCUCUGGCGGUUAUGGUGCUGAGUGCAUGCUAGUCCUUCCCACUUGUAAUGCGACCGUGAUUGCCAUGAAGGAAACUCACGACCAGCAUCAACCCAAGAGAUGGGUUUAAAGUGAGACCCUAGGUCAAUUACAAGUUGAACAAGUGCUUAAAAGCUUGGGGUGUGGUUGGGUGAUAGAAACAGAAGCACUUCUUUCUUCCCACCUGAAAAUAAUCACUAUGAGGACUCCAGUUGAUGGGAGGAAAGGCCACAUGGUGUGGGGGUGGGCUGGGAGUUUUGGUUAUUUUUCUUACAGACUAGCGAUAGUUGUCUCUGUGUUCUGGGUACAUGCCAUCUCUUGACCUUGCUGCCAGUUUACAUGUGUAUCCAUGUGUUUGGGAGAGGGGAAGAGAUGGUGUGCACUGGCUUGUAGUUACUUGUCCAUUUAAUAAUCUGUGGCCUCCUGUUAAAGACCAUACUUCCUCCCUUUCUGCAUGACCAGAGCUAAAAACAGCCAUUACUUAAUAGUGCCUGCUGCUGGCGUGUUCUGUAAUGCUAUGCUUUUCCCCACUGGGGAAAUGGCAUCUCCUACCACUGAACACUUUUAGCAUUAGAGGCCAGCUCCUACCCUUUCCCCGGUUUCAGCCUUUUCUCAGAAUCGUAACUUUGCCAUAAGACAGUGAAGGAAAUUUGGACUGUCUGUGAAAGCAGGAUCUGUAGAGUCAGCAUAGAGCUUAUGUGGUCACACAGCUGGGUUUUAUAACUUUUGAUAGACAUUUGCCAGCACCUUUUCCAGACAUUCAUUCUCAAUUGACUUUUUAAUUAGCAUCAUGGCUGUGUGUAUGUGGUGGUCUUUUUUUUUUUUUUAAAGAAAAGACAGAACCAGGUUUGUAGUUCACUGGUUUGUAACUUUUUACCUUUUUCAACAUGUUGUCAUUUCAAAUUUCCUCUACUGUUUUUUGAAUAACCGAGUUCUUUGGAAGAUCGAAUGAACAUUGGAGAACAGUUGGUGUGUAUAUUGGGCCUGCCUUGCCUGAACUGUUCCAGACUUGGUCCUGAGCAGCUACAGUAUUAACCACCCUCAGAAGAGAAACAGGGUACUGAAGUGGGGCUAAAAUGAGAUGAUAGUCUGCACUGCUCAGUGACUUUGGCCCUGAAAUGGUAUCUACCUGCAGUGAGUUGAGGUGUUGAGGGCCUUUUAUCCACCCCCUUCAUUCCUUAGCUCUGAAAGACAUAUGUGCCAUGCUGAAGAUGUGUUUUGAGACCAGCAGUUAAGACUACUGAGGCUGGCAUAUUGUAAUGAUAUUAAAAAAAAAAGUUUCAUUCAAAGUUUCAAAUGCG